GGAAACCCGGCGCCGGCGACCCCUCCCACCCUACCUUGAGCUGCGCCCCCUCCUCCGGCGGCCCAGCCUCCUACUUCCGCCCCGCCCACGUGCCCUGGUGGGCGGGUCCAGAGGGGCCCUGCGCUGGGGGAGUCUGUCAAGGCCCUGGCGGGUGAGUUAGUAUCGAAGGGGCCGGAACCGGAGCCAACAUGGCAGCGGGGUUCGUGCGAUGCUGCAGGGUCCUGAGAAGUAUUUCUCGUUUUCAUUGGAGAUCACAGCAUACAAAAUCUGCUCUACAACGUGAACCAGGAUUAGGAUUUAGUUUUGAGCUCACCGAACAGCAGAAAGAAUUUCAAGCUACUGCUCGUAAAUUUGCCAGAGAGGAAAUAAUCCCAGUUGCUGCAGAAUAUGAUAAAACUGGUGAAUAUCCAGUCCCCCUAAUUAGAAGAGCCUGGGAACUUGGUUUAAUGAAUACACACAUUCCAGAGAAUUGUGGAGGUCUUGGACUUGGAACUUUUGAUGCUUGUUUAAUUACUGAAGAAUUGGCUUAUGGAUGUACAGGGGUUCAGACUGCUAUUGAGGCAAAUUCUUUGGGGGAAAUUCCCGUUAUUAUUGCUGGAAAUGAUCAACAAAAGAAGAAGUAUUUGGGGAGAAUGACUGAGGAGCCAUUGAUGUGUGCUUAUUGUGUAACAGAACCUGGAGCAGGCUCUGAUGUAGCUGGUAUAAAGACCAAAGCAGAAAAGAAAGGAGACGAGUAUAUUAUUAAUGGUCAGAAGAUGUGGAUAACCAACGGAGGAAAAGCUAAUUGGUAUUUUUUACUGGCACGUUCUGAUCCGGAUCCUAAAGCUCCUGCUAAUAAAGCCUUUACUGGAUUCAUUGUGGAAGCAGAUACCCCAGGAGUGCAGAUUGGGAGAAAGGAAUUGAACAUGGGCCAGCGAUGUUCCGAUACUAGAGGCAUUGUCUUUGAAGAUGUGAGAGUGCCUAAGGAAAAUGUUUUAAUUGGUGAGGGAGCUGGUUUCAAAAUUGCAAUGGGAGCUUUUGAUAGAACCAGACCUGCAGUAGCUGCUGGUGCUGUUGGAUUAGCACAAAGAGCUUUGGAUGAAGCUACCAAGUAUGCCCUGGAAAGGAAAACUUUUGGAAAGCUACUGGCAGAGCACCAAGCAGUAUCAUUUAUGCUGGCUGAAAUGGUAAUGAAAGUUGAACUAGCCAGAAUGAGUUACCAAAGAGCAGCUUGGGAGGUUGAUUCUGGUCGUCGAAAUACCUAUUAUGCUUCUAUUGCAAAGGCAUUUGCUGGAGAUAUUGCAAAUCAGUUAGCUACUGAUGCUGUGCAGAUAUUUGGAGGCAAUGGAUUUAAUACAGAAUAUCCUGUAGAAAAACUAAUGAGGGAUGCCAAGAUCUACCAGAUUUAUGAAGGUACUGCGCAAAUUCAAAGAGUUAUUGUAGCCCGUGAACACAUUGGCAAGUAUAAAAAUUAAAGAAAUUACUAUAGAAACAUGAUUAAACAUUGAGUAACUAGAACACAAUCUACUGCUACAGCUCCAGAAAAGAGAAAGGGCUUUAACACUUUUUCCAGUGAAAAAAAAAAAAUAAGUCCUCUUAUAUUAAAUCUAAGCAACUGAUUAUAAGAGUAGUUUAUACUUAUAACUCUAUGAUGUCUCUUAAGCAGGUUUGUUUUUUAUUAAAAUUAUGUGUUUUCUUUAGUACCACUUUACUUGAAUUACAUUAACCUAGAAAAGCACAUAUGUUUUGUUAUUUGAUCUCUUAAGAUUAAUGUAGCAGAAAUUUCUUGGAAUUUUAUUUUUUUAAUGACAGAAAAGUGGGCUUAGAAAGUAUUCAAGAUGUUACAAAAUUUACGUUGAGAAAAUAUUGUAGGAUUUGAAUACUAUCAAAUAACUUGCCAUUGACUUUGUAGACAAUGUAUUAUUUUAUUAAAGUUCAUUUUGCUGCAGUUUUAAAAGCGUUUGCUUUCAGUCUGGCACAGAAACAGUCAAAAUUUUGACAUUCAUAUUCUCCUACUUUAUAAAAUUUUCAAGAACUUUCUUGAAAAUCUUGUUUAAUUCUGAGCCCAUAUUUCACUUGCCUUAUUUAAAAUAAAUCAAUAAAGCUUUCCUUAAACUAUUUUUAUAUGACUGUUGGUCUGUAGUUAGCCUUUGUAUUGUGCACAAUCUCAUUUCAUGUGGAUGCAUUUUGGCAAAGAACUUAAUAAAAUUGUUCAGUGCUUGUUAUCAUA